UGACGGAGCAGGUCAUGUGACCAGCCAUAGUAGUCUCCAGUGAGCAGCUAGCAGGCACUGGGCAGUGCAGUAAGUGCGGCCAUGUGUGGACAGUGGGGUUGCUGGAUGGUACUGCUCCUGGGCACUGGCUUCAGUCAUGCGCUGAGCCAGGGGAUGUUGUAUCCCAGGGAGACCCCCACCAGGGAGCUGAAGGAACUGAAUGGGAUCUGGAGUUUCCGGGCUGACAGAUCCCCUCAGAGGGACGAGGGGUUCCAGCAGCAGUGGUACAAGCGGCCGCUGAGGGAGUCUGGUCCUGUUAUAGAUAUGCCAGUACCUGCCAGCUACAAUGAUAUCACUCAGGACAUUGGUUUGAGAGAUUUCAUUGGAUGGGUCUGGUACGAGAAAGAAGUCUGGCUGCCCAGUCGCUGGUUAGAUGACGUGGCUUCUAACCGAAUUUUGCUGCGGGUUGGCAGUGCCCACUAUUUCUCCAUAGUGUGGGUUAAUGGUGUUCAAGUGACGCUGCAUGAAGGAGGACACCUGCCCUUUGAAGCCAACAUCUCCAGUGUUCUGAAAGGCAUUUUGGGAACUCCCUGUCGUAUCACCAUUGCUGUAAAUAAUACCCUCACUCUAAACACCCUACCUCCAGGAUCCAUCCAAUAUAUGAACGACCCCACACGAUAUCCCAAAGGCUAUUUUGUACAAAAUACAGCGUUUGAUUUCUUUAAUUAUGCCGGUAUACAUCGCCCUGUGGUUCUUUAUACAACCCCCUCCGUGUACAUUGAUGACAUCACUAUUAUUACGGACAUAAGCGAUAACACAGGAUUGGUAAUCUAUGAAGUAUCUGUGGUUGGUUCAGAUUAUUACUCAGUAGCCGUUAUCUUACGUUGUCAAAAUGGUGAAGAGGUAGCCAGUGCUGUGGGGGCGGUAGGACAGCUGAAAGUGAGCAACGCCAAUCUUUGGUGGCCGUAUUUAAUGAAUGAAAACCCUGGAUAUCUAUAUUCCUUUGAGGUGAAAAUUCGGGCAGAUACAGACAAUGGCGUAUGUGAAGAUGUCUACACUUUACCUGUGGGGAUAAGAACAGUCCAGGUAUCAGGUCAGCAGUUCCUCAUCAAUGGGAAGCCUUUCUACUUCCAUGGAGUCAACAAACAUGAAGACUAUGAUAUUAGAGGAAAGGGUCUGGACUGGUCUACAGUCCUGAAGGAUUUUAACCUGUUGAAGUGGCUGGGGGCAAACUCAUUUCGCACAAGUCAUUACCCCUAUGCUGAAGAAAUCAUGGACCUGUGCGAUAAAUAUGGUAUUGUGGUCAUCGAUGAAUGUCCAGGAGUUGGCAUAAGACAGCCCGAGAGUUUUGGAAACAAAUCUCUGCAGCACCAUUUAGUUGUCAUGGAGGAACUGGUGCGAAGAGAUAAAAACCGCCCCUCAGUGGUGAUGUGGUCAGUCGCCAAUGAACCAGCCUCACAGAUUCCUCCUGCAGGGUAUUAUUUUAAGACUGUCAUUGGUCACACUAAACAACUGGACAACACCAGACCCGUAACUUAUGCUAGUAGUGCAAGCUUUGACAAAGACCAAGGGGCCCCAUAUGUGGAUGUGAUCUGUGUCAAUAGCUACUUCUCCUGGUACCAUGACUCUGGUCACCUGGAAGUAAUUCAGCUGCAACUCAAUAACCAGUUUGACAACUGGUAUGACAAGUACCAAAAGCCGAUGAUACAGAGUGAAUAUGGAGCAGAUACUAUACCAGGCUUCCAUAACGACCCUCCACUAAUGUUCACAGAGGAAUACCAAGCAAUAGUAUUAAAACACUAUCAUGCUGCAUUGGAUGAGAAGAGGAAGAAAGGUGUCAUCGGGGAACUCAUCUGGAACUUUGCAGACUUCAUGACAGCACAGACAGUUACCAGAGUUGUUGGGAACAAGAAAGGAAUCUUCACCCGCCAGAGACAACCUAAAUCAGCUGCUUUUAUUCUGCGGGACAGAUACUGGAAGCUGGCCAAUAACACUGGCUCAUCGGACUCUAUGUGGAAGAAUUAUGCCACUCAGGAUCUGCACUGUAGAAAGAGAGAGAAAACUGCACCGUAUAGACCAGACAUUGGCGACUGCUAUGUUUUGGGCUGAGGAAAAAAAGAUUUUAGAGUAGGCCAAACUGUGCACUUCUUAUAGGGUUUAAUCAGUGGUGUAGCAGAAGUAACUGGUUUCUUACUCCUGAGGGUCCCUUCUGUCAUUCUAGAGAACAUAACACCAAAACGAUAUAUGCUCUGUGUGGAGGCUGUACAGUAAUGAAGUCAUGUUUCUUUCCACCUCUUGUCGGUAGCCAAUCUGAUUUUGAUGGGUACUUCACUGUUCCUUUUGUAAAUAACAUUUAAAAAACAUAAACCCUUCUUAAAUGGAAACCAGCAUGAAGAUUACUGCAGGUCAGCUUGAUAUUAACCCACUAGAACUAGGAAUAAUCAUCAGGCUUGGUCCCCCAUAGUGACAGUCACUCUGCCCUAAUUGAGAGGAGAUGCUGGAUUCAUUAGCAGGGAACCACCGACUUUAAAGUAUAACUGUCGUAUUUUCUUAAUUUAUUUUUUUAGUAUUGGAUUGUGGUGAUUAAUAUCUCCUUGGUGGCCCUAUUUCAACUUUUCACUGUGUAUUCAAUUACCCCUUAAUUCC